AUGGAUUGGACAAUUUUGUAUACGAAUUUAGCUUCUCUAUCUGCAAAGUUUGGUGAUCUUCUUCUUCUUGUGGAGGAUUGUAAACCAGUCUUCAUCUUCAUCACUGAAACCUGGUUGUCUCCCGAGAUGCCCGACCAAGCCUUCCAUAUACCUGGUUUUUCUAUGUUUCGAUGCGAUAGCCUGACAACACCGGGGCAUGCGGGGUCGUGUAUAUACGUUCAUGAUUGUGUUGCAGAUAUCUUCUCUAUCACCAAGUAUUCAUUGCCAACACCCGGAAUAGAUAACUUGUUCUUAAAAAUGGUUUCUGGGAAUUUUGCUCUAUUUACUGGAUGUGUGUACCGCCCUAGACCAUCCGAACAUGAUGCCAUUAUCUGCGAUCACAUUAAAACUAUUUCAGAACGUGAAAAAAAUGUCUUCAUUGUCGGUGAUUUCAACCUGGGAGAUAUUAGAGAGUGGCCAGUUUCGCGACUCCCAUCUGCGAAUUCUCCAUCCUUUCUAUUCAUAGAUAUGCUGUUUAACUCCAACCUACAACAGCUGGUGGAAAAGCCCACUCGUUAUAGGGCGAAUCAGACCCCUACAUGUCCUGAUUUAAUAUUUACGAAUGACCCGGACAUGGUAUCAGAUAUCAGAUAUGGUCCUCCACUUGGAAAAUCGGAUCACUUGGUUUUGAGCACUCAACUUCAGUUGAGAAUUCCAUCGCUGAAGAACAAUAUCGUGGGAGAGACUCACAAAGUCAUUGAUUAUAGAGAGGUGAAAAGAGCUCUUGACGCAGUUGAUUGGGAUUCUGUAUUGGGCAGGGGCAGUGUUGAUGAGCGGUGGAAGAACUUUUUUGACUAUAUAUGUAGUGCAAUCGACAAAAACACAACAUUCGUGGAGACUGUUAAAGAUAAACUUAAACCAUGGAUUAACAAUCAACUUUUGCGAACUAUAAAGUAUAAAAAGAGCCUUUGGCGGCGAUACCUUCGAAGCAAGAGUGAAGCUAUAUUUAAGCAGCAUCGACAGUUGUCCAACUUUCUGUCACAGUCAAUUAAAAGGGCAAAAAUUUCUUACAUUAACAGCCUGACGACAUCCAACAACAAAAAGAAAUUUUUCAAGUUCACACGCCAAUGUCUCAACUGCAAGGUGUCCACCCCUUCAAUUCGAUCUGCUGAGGAUGGUGAUUUACUCAGUCCCAUUGAGACAGCGGAGUCGUUUGCAUCUUGCUUCUCUCUCGCCUUUAUUUCUGAGCCGGUAGGUCCCAUGCCGCCGCUGACAACUCCCCGUAAUGAGUCAUCCAUUUCUGAAAUCGUGAUCACACAUGAAGAAGUUGAAAGACAACUUAGAUCGCUUAAGAUCUCAUCGUCACCUGGUCCCGAUAAUAUCAGUGCCAAAUUUUUGUCGGAGUGUGCUACCAGUCUAUCUGUGCCUCUUCCGUCCAUAUUCUCUUUUUCUCUUGCCUCUGGUGAUUAA